GCCCCCCUCGGCUUGGCCUCGUAUCCGUCCCAAAUAUCUCUCAAGAACCCUAGGUCUCGAAUCCAAGCCUCCCUCCCUACUCCCGCCGCCCGACUUCAAUCCCUCUCUUUGCAGCCCUAAACUCUGCCAUCCGCUCCUAAUUUCUCUCUUUGCAGCCGCCUCAGCACGAAAUCAUCCGGUUCAUUCCUCCUCCCUCUCUGAGAUCUUGACUUCAGUAGCAGACAGGAUGGGAGAGGCCAAGGACAACGAGGUGUAUGAGGAUGACCUCGUCGACUACGAGGAGGAGGUGGAGAACGUCGUCGACGCCGCAGCAGCCAAUCCCUCUGUCGACGUUGUCAAGAAGGGGUACGUGGGGAUCCACAGCUCGGGGUUCAGAGACUUCCUGCUCAAGCCAGAGCUCCUCAGGGCAAUCCAGGACUGCGGGUUUGAGCAUCCUUCCGAAGGUAUAAUUUCUUCUGGCAUUUUCUGUUGGGGGAGACGAUAUGGUAAACUUCCCAUUAAUGGUCCAGAAGAUUAAAAAUUUCUCACUGGGGUGCUGCUCCAAUUUUCUUUGGUUCCACAUCAGUCCAACAUGAGUGCAUCCCUCAAGCCAUUCUCGGAAUGGACGUCAUCUGUCAAGCAAAAUCUGGGAUGGGCAAGACGGCUGUCUUUGUCCUCUCAACUCUCCAGCAAAUUGAUCCUGUUGCUGGUCAAGUAGCGGCACUUGUGUUAUGCCAUACAAGAGAGUUGGCGUACCAGAUUUGCCAUGAAUUCGAGAGGUUUAGCAAGUACCUGUCGGAAACAAAAGUUGCGGUCUUCUAUGGUGGUGUUAACAUAAAAAAUCACAAGGAUUUGUUGAAGAAUGAAUGCCCUCAUAUUGUGGUCGGCACACCUGGAAGGAUUCUAGCUCUAGCUAGAGACAAGGACCUUUCCCUGAAGAAUGUGAGGCACUUCAUUCUUGAUGAAUGUGACAAGAUGCUUGAUUCACUUGACAUGCGUAGAGACGUCCAGGAGAUCUUCAAAAUGACGCCCCAUGACAAGCAAGUGAUGAUGUUUUCAGCAACAUUAAGCAAGGAGAUCCGCCCUGUUUGCAAGAAAUUCAUGCAAGAUCCCAUGGAAAUUUAUGUCGAUGACGAGGCUAAACUGACCCUGCAUGGUCUAGUUCAGCACUACAUAAAACUAAGUGAGGCAGAGAAGAACCGGAAAUUGAACGAUCUCUUGGAUGCGCUCGACUUCAACCAAAUUGUGAUAUUUGUGAAAAGUGUUGGUAGAGCUUCAGAACUUAACAGGCUGCUCUGUGAAUGCAAUUUUCCUGCGAUCUGCAUUCAUUCUGGAAUGACACAGGAGGAGAGGUUGACCCGGUAUAAGAACUUCAAGGAAGGACACAAGAGAAUUCUUGUGGCUACAGAUUUAGUUGGCAGGGGGAUUGAUAUCGAGCGUGUCAACAUUGUCAUAAACUAUGACAUGCCUGAUUCUGCUGAUACAUACUUGCACAGGGUUGGGAGAGCUGGGCGUUUCGGUACCAAGGGUCUCGCUAUAACAUUUGUUUCUUCUGCCUCAGACUCAGAUGUUCUCAACCAGGUGCAAGAAAGGUUCGAGGUUGACAUAAAGGAACUGCCUGAGCAGAUCGACACUUCAACCUAUAUGCCGUCUUGAAGAUCCGAGUGUGCAAACCCUUGAAAAGAAACGGAUCCAAGUGGGCUUCUCUACAUGUGUUUGAGCUGGAAAAUCGAAGUGUGUGCUUUUCGGAUAGAGCACCUUGACAUUUCUAUUGGAUUAGCACACUUCUAUGUAAGAGAUGCUCUGUCUGUAUCAGCACUUAAGUUCACUGUAUCUGGAAUGCUGAAUGUUUUGUUUACAGUGGCUGAGUUCUUUGUGGUCAGGAAUCUGUCGGGAAUGCUUUUGUUCAUCAUGCUAGUAAGGAUCUUAUUAGGAUGCUAGAUUGCUACAGCUAGCUUCUUUUUAAGUACAUGUAUGAUUCAUAUUAGGCAAGGAAAAGUGUUAAAAUGCA